AUGGAGCGCGGGCUGCACCUCGGCGCGGCCGCCGCGGGCGAAGACGACCUCUUCCUGCACAAGAGCCUGAGCGCCUCCACCGCCAAGCGCUUGGAGGCGGCUUUCCGCUCCACGCCCCCGGGCAUGGACCUGUCCCUGGCGCCGCCGCCUCGGGAGCGCCCGGCGUCCUCCUCCUCGUCGCCCCUGGGCUGCUUCGAGCCGGCUGACCCCGAGGGGGCAGGGCUGCUGCUGCCGCCGCCCGGGGGAGGCGGCGGCGGCGGCGGCGCGGGAGGCGGCGGCGGGGUGGGCGUCCCCGGGCUGCUCGUGGGCUCUGCCGGCGUUGGGGGCGACCCGAGCCUGAGCAGCCUGCCGGCUGGGGCCGCCCUGUGCCUCAAAUACGGCGAGGGCGCCGGCCGGGGCUCGGUGGCCGAGAGCAGCGGCGGCGAGCAGAGCCCCGACGACGACAGCGACGGCCGCUGCGAGCUCGUGCUGCGGGCCGGAGGCGCCGACCCGCGGGCCUCCCCGGGCGCGGGAGGCGGCGGCGCCAAGGCGGCCGAGGGCUGCUCCAACGCCCACCUCCACGGCGGCGCCAGCGCCCCCCCGGGGGGCCCGGGCGGCGGCGGCGGGGGCAGCGGCGGCGGCGGCGGCAGCAGCAGCAGCAGCAGCAGCAAGAAAUCCAAAGAGCAGAAGGCGCUGCGGCUCAACAUCAACGCCCGGGAGCGCCGGCGGAUGCACGACCUGAACGACGCGCUGGACGAGCUGCGCGCGGUGAUCCCCUACGCGCACAGCCCCUCGGUGCGGAAGCUCUCCAAGAUCGCCACGCUGCUGCUCGCCAAGAACUACAUCCUCAUGCAGGCGCAGGCCCUGGAGGAGAUGCGGCGCCUCGUCGCCUACCUCAACCAGGGCCAGGCCAUCUCGGCCGCCUCGCUGCCCAGCUCCGCGGCGGCGGCGGCGGCGGCCGCUGCCCUGCACCCGGCGCUCGGAGCCUACGAGCAGGCUGCCGGCUACCCGUUCAGCGCCGGGCUCCCCCCGGCCGCCUCCUGCCCGGAGAAGUGCGCCCUGUUCAAUAGCGUCUCCUCCAGCCUCUGCAAACAGUGCACGGAGAAGCCUUAA